AUGAGCCCCUCUUAUCCUCUUUCCAGGAGUGGCAGUGCUGUCAGCAUUGGCUGCGUUUCUCCCGUGCUCACAUCCUCUGCUGCACCUAUGGAUGGCCGAAGGGCAGGAGGCAGGAGAAACAGCAGAGGAGGGAGUGAUGCAUGGUGGGCGGUGGGCGGGGAGGGAGAGGUGGAGAGGAGGGAGAGGAGGGAGAGCGGAGGCGGAGGAAGAGGAGAGGCGGGUGAGGGAAUGGAAGUGGGCAUGGCGUGGGAGCAGCAGCUGUGCCUCGCAGCGCCUCUUGUGUUGAAGAACCUUCUGCUUGUCCCGGUUACGGUCACACUGAUCUGCACAGACCAGCACGUUCUGCUGCCAACCACCAUCUACAUUCCUCCUGGCUCGUCUGUGGAGGUGUUUGACUUCCCCGCCCACAACACCCUGCAUGCCAAGCUGCUCGCUGCAGCCAUGUCUCGUGUCUUGUACCAACACUCAAUCAUCUCUGCCACUCAUUUGUUUGUACCCCGUGCCGUGUUUCUCACCCCCCUGCCUCCCAUCAGCGACAGCCUGGCAGCUGCCACGUCAGCGUCUCUUCCGACCGCGUUGAUGGCGAGCAGCGUGCCGCUUGUGCCAGCUGGCGGAGCAGCAGCGGGUGGUAGGGUGGGAGGGUUGGCAGCGGUGCUUCCUGGGAUGAGCCAAGGCAUGAGCGCUUUGGCUGGUGGUUCUGAUACACGGACAGACUUACACACCCCUGCAGCCACAAACGUGGGAGCUGGGGAAAAGGGUACAGGAAUGAGAAGCGAGGGCAGAGAAGGAGGGAGAGAGGAGAUAAGCCAGGGAGGAGGAGCACUGCAGCCCCCUAUGGCCCUGUUUACUCCUGCCCCUCCCGCACCUGCUCUUGAUGCCGACUCUGCUGCUUCAGGUGCCACUGCAGGGCUGCACCCCACCCAGCCAGCACUUGUGCUGCGAGUGGGGGGUACUGCUGCUGCUGCUAUACCUGCGGGCCUUGGUGGUGCCGGGGGUAUGCGCUCUCUCAACGCCUCUUUGCCUCCCACUGUGCCUGACUGGAGCCACGUGUCGCUCUCUGGUUGGUCAGCAGCUAUCCCUGUGGAGCCAGCAGGGGGGGUGGCAGAGGUGCUGAUUCCUCAGCAAGCCGUGAACAGCAGCAGUGGCAGCAGUGGCAGUGGUGGUGUUGGAAGCGGUGGAGGUGCCUUUGCGCUGAGUCUCACCUGCUCUGACACUCUCGGUGCCUCUGCCGGCCGAGCCAAGACCAUCACCCUUCGCCCUCGGUACGUGCUAGCCAACAGCCUGUCAGCGGACAUACGGGUGAAGCAGCACGGCACGGACCGCCACGUUCUCAUCAAGGCGGGAGGCAAUGCUCCCAUUCACUUCACCAAACUGCAACGCGCCAAGUGGAGUGGGGGAGGCACGUACCUGGUGGUGAUUGGGGAGGACGACUCGGGCUUCAUGCCCUUCCGUAUUGACAACUGUUCCCGUGAGGUGCUGCGCUUCUACCAGCGCGGGUGUGAGGGGCUGGGCCACACCGACUCCCUCAAACCCUUUGCUGCCACGCCCUACGCAUGGGACGAACCCUGCCGCCCUCACCGAUUGGUCCUUGAGGUACCAGGCGAGGGCGGAAGCAUGGGUCAUUUCCCCUUAGACCAAGUCAAGCACUUCCCGCUUGUCGUCCUCCCUGCUACCCCUCAGUCUUCCUCCUCCUCUCUACUCGAACUACUCUUGAGCGUGCGCAUCCCCCUUAUAGCACUCUCCGUCAUAGACAAUCGCCCUCAGGAGCUACUGCUGCUCUCUCUCCACCGCCUCUCCAUCUCCCUCUCCCGCUCCGCCCACCAACACUCCCUCUCCUUCCUCCUCGCCCACCUCCAACUCGACAACCAACUCCCCAACGCCCUCUUCCCCAUCCUCCUCGCCUCCUCCUCCCCUCCUCCUCUCUCCGUCCCUCACUCCUCACCACCACCUUUCCCUUCACCAUCACCCUCCCCAUUCUCCGUGCUCCACCCAUCUAUCACCUCUCCAAGCCUCGCGCUGCUACAAGCGGCUCUCCAAGCGCCCUCUCUGCUGCUCUCCUCAGUUCUCCACCACACGGGCCAACAUCAUCAAGCUCCUUCCCACAGUGCUCUGCAAGCACCGGCUGAGACGAGCCUGCAAGGAGGGGGGCAAGCGGCAGUGGCAGCAGAGGUGGUGGCUUGGAGGCAGCGAGUGGGCUCCGUGCUGUGUGUGGAGAGCGUGAGGGUCGGCCUCGCCCCACUAUCCCUAGAGCUCGAGGAGCAUCUGCUGCUGCGCCUGCUCGACUUCUCCCGCACGUGCAUCGCCGCUGUCUCUGCCGUCGGCCCUCCCUCGCCCUCCUCUCCACCCCAUACCUCCUCUCUUGCCACCGGCAGCAAGGACGUGGGGAGAGGAAGAACCGGAAAUUCUGGCGGAGCAGUGGGUGUGGUGGGCGGACAGGGCAUGGACACAUCUCCCCACAUAAAAGGCACCGCCAACAUGUACAUUGAGACCAUGGCCAUCCUCCCCGUCCACAUCACCAUCAGCUUUGCCAGUGCACCAUGGGCCGCGGAGCAGAGCAGGGGAGCGGCGGCACAGGGGUUGCUGGGGGCGCUGGGGGCGGUGGUGCAGAGGAGUGUGUUGUCUCUGGCGGAUGUUCAGGGGGCACCGCUAGGGCUGUCUGCGUGGCAGCUGGAGCACUUUUUUGGUGGGCCGGCGUCGCUGGGGGCAAGGCUUGAGCGGCACUACACACUGCAGCUGCUGCAGGCGCUUUACAAGGUAGAACUAGUUUACGAGGUGGUGGGGUCAGCGGACUUCCUGGGCAACCCAGUGGGGCUGCUCUCCUCCCUCUCUGCCAGCCUCUGGGACCUGCUCGCCUCGCCCACACACACACUGCUCAUGCGCAGGAGCCCAGCAGGGUUCGCCAAGGGGGUGUGGGCGGGGUGGACGAGCCUGCUGCGCACCACCCUCUUUGCUCUCUCGCACUCCGCCUCCCGCAUGUCCCAUGCCGCUUCCAAGGGGAUGGCAUCGCUAGCAUGGGACGAGGAGAACGAGGAGGGCAUGGAGCGCGCAGGGCAGGCAUGGGCCCCUCACGCCUCAGAUGAAGCCUCUUUCUUCGCCUCACUCAUUCAGGGCGUCACGGGACUCUUGGACCGUCCAAUCAGGGGUUGGGAGAGGGGCGGUCUCCCCGGGCUUGCAUCCGGCCUGACGCAGGGAGUGCUGGGAGUGGUGGCACGCCCAGCAGCAUCGGCACUGGCACUGGCAGCAAAAACAGCAGAGAGCAUCCGCAACGUGGCCCGCCCUCCCGGCCCCUCCCAGGCUCUGCACCCGCUGCGCCUGCCACGGCAGCUGAGCCCUGGUCGGCCCCUUGCCCCUUACUGCCACUCCCAAGCUGCUGCUCAAGCUGCUCUGGCUGAGGCUGCUGGGGGGGCGUGGCGAGAUGAGGGUGAGGAGAGGGAUGAUUCACAGGGUGAGGAGAGGGAUGAUUCACAGGGUGAGGAGAGGGAUGAUUCACAGGGUGAGGAGAGGGAUGAUUCACAGGGUGAGGAGAGGGAUGAUUCACAGGGUGAGGAGAGGGAUGAUUCACAGGGUGAGGAGAGGGAUGAUUCACAGGGUGAGGAGAGGGAUGAUUCACAGGGUGAGGAGAGGGAUGAUUCACAGGGUGAGGAGAGGGAUGAUUCACAGGGUGAGGAGAGGGAUGAUUCACAGGGUGAGGAGAGGGAUGAUUCACAGGGUGAGGAGAGGGAUGAUUCACAGGGUGAGGAGAGGGAUGAUUCACAGGGUGAGGAGAGGGAUGAUUCACAGGGUGAGGAGAGGGAUGAUUCACAGGGUGAGGAGAGGGAUGAUUCACAGGGUGAGGAGAGGGAUGAUUCACAGGGUGAGGAGAGGGAUGAUUCACAGGGUGAGGAGAGGGAUGAUUCACAGGGUGAGGAGAGGGAUGAUUCACAGGGUGAGGAGAGGGAUGAUUCACAGGGUGAGGAGAGGGAUGAUUCACAGGGUGAGGAGAGGGAUGAGUCACAGGGUGAGGAGAGGGAUGAUUCACAGAGUGAGGAGAGGGAUGAUUCACAGGCCAUAAUCUCGCAUGCUGAUAUGUAUCCACCUGCAUCAGCACCUGCAUCAGCACCUACAUCAGCACUGGCAUUAGCACCACUAGUGCCUCGCUCGUCAGGGGCACCAGAGGAGGCAUUCGUUAUAGUCACACCGAUGCACAUGCUGCACGUGUGGAGAGUGGCAGCAGCAGGGCGGCACGGCAGGAGCCAGAGGGCCAGCCAAUGGCAGGUGGCAUGGGCGGUGCCUCUGAGGGACGUGAUUGGCUGCUGCAGCAUGCAGCCCGAUGACUCACAUGAGCAGCGUGGAAGUGAGGAGAGAGCACAUGCGAGCGAGCAUGCAGCACGUGGGAGUGAGCAUAGAGAACAUGUGAUACAGGCAGCGGUUGCAGCAGAAGAAGAGAGCAAGGCAAUGGACCAUGACUCAACACCACACUGUGUUGCCUCCACACCUCCUGCCACUGAUGCUGCCCUCCCACCUGCUCUUGCUGCGAUUCAAGCUCAGCCCAUGGUGCAGACCACGACACCGCCGCCUGCCACUGUGGACGGGGUGCCCAGUGAGGCUCACUCUGCAACUGUGGACGCUAGUGAAGCUUCGUCAGUUGUUGUCAUGGAGCUUCCAGCCGAAGGCACGAGCGUGACGCUCAACUUCCUCCCCUCGCCCCUCUUUCAUCAGGCGCGCCGUGCGGCCGCCGCGGCGUGCAGGGUGGACGCGCUGGUUCCCGCGGCAGCAGCGCCGCGCGGCAGCGGGCGGCUGUUCAGCUCGUCGAGCUCCGCGCCGCCGGCGGACGGCGAGGCGCCGAAGCAGGAGCUGACGCCGGUGCAGGCGGAGUGGGCGAAGCGCGCGUCGAAGGAGAUUAAGGGCGGGGAUGCUUUCGAAGAGCUCAAGACGCUCUCGCCCGAGGGCAUCUGGAUCAAGCCCGUGUACUCCUAUUCCGACGUGCCCGAGGAGUCAAAGAUGGAGAUGCCGGGCGUCUUCCCCUUCUCGCGCGGCCCUUACGCCACCAUGUACACGCAGCGCCCCUGGACCAUUCGCCAAUACGCCGGCUUCAGCACGGCGGAGGAGUCGAACGCGUUCUACCGGCGGAAUCUGGCGGCGGGGCAGAAGGGGCUGUCCGUGGCGUUCGACCUCGCCACGCACCGCGGCUACGACUCCGAUCACCCGCGCGUGGUGGGGGACGUGGGCAUGGCGGGGGUGGCGGUGGACAGCGUGGAGGACAUGAAGGUGCUCUUCAGCGGUAUCCCGCUGGACAAGAUGUCGGUGUCCAUGACCAUGAACGGGGCCGUGCUUCCGGUUAUGGCGUUUUUCAUCGUUGCUGCUCAAGAGCAGGGAGUGGACCUGGCUAAAGUGUCAGGAACCAUUCAGAACGACAUCCUCAAGGAGUACAUGGUGCGCAACACGUACAUCUACCCGCCCGCGCCGUCCAUGCGCGUGGUGGGCGACAUCAUGGCGUACACGUCGCGCCACAUGCCCAAGUUCAACUCCAUCUCCAUCUCGGGUUACCACAUGCAGGAGGCCGGGGCGGAUUGUGCUGUGGAAAUGGCGUUCACCAUCGCGGACGGCCUGGAGUACAUUCGGUGCGGCAUGGAGGCGGGUGUGGGCGUGGACGAGCUCGCUCCGCGCUUCUCCUUCUUCUGGGCCAUCGGAAUGAACUUCUACAUGGAGAUUGCCAAGAUGCGAGCAGCAAGGCGCGUGUGGGCUAAGCUGGUCAAGGAGAAGUUCAACCCCAAGAACUCCAAGUCGCUCGUUCUCAGGACGCACAGCCAGACAUCCGGUUACUCGCUGACCGAGCAGGACCCAUACAACAAUGUCAUCCGCACGACAGUUGAGGCCAUGGCGGCCGUGCUGGGCGGCACGCAGUCCCUCCACACCAACGCCUUCGACGAGGCCCUCGCCCUCCCCUCCGAGAUGAGCGCUCGCAUCGCCCGCAACACGCAACUGAUCCUGCAGGAAGAGACGGGUAUCACCCACGUGGCGGACCCCUGGGGCGGGUCGUUCAUGAUGGAGGCGCUGACUGCGGAGCUGGAGAGGAAGGCGCUGGCGAUCAUUGAGGAGGUGGAGGCGGCAGGGGGGAUGACCAAGGCUAUCAUGUCGGGGAUGCCCAAACGCAAGAUUGAGGAGUGCUCUGCUCGCAAACAGGCGCGCGUGGACAGUGGGCUGGACGUGGUGGUGGGGGUGAACAAGUAUCGCCUCAAGGAGGAGGAGGGCGUGGAGCUGCGGCACAUCGACAACGCUGCUGUGCUCAAGAGCCAAGUCAAGCGCCUGGGUGAACUUCGUGCAUCCCGGGACACUGAAAAGGUGAAGGCAGCGCUGGCGGCGCUAACAGCGGCAGCGAAGAGCACGGAGCGCGGAGAGGGGUGCAACCUGCUGACCCUCGCAGUGGAGGCGGCACGAGUGCGGUGCACGCUGGGGGAGAUCAGUGACGCACUCGAGGCCGAGUGGGGCCGCCACGUCGCCGAUUCCACCAUCUCCACGGGUGCCUACAGGGGCGAGUACGGGCGCGCAACUGGCGGCCAGGAAACAGACGAGCUAGCCGCAGUGAAAGCCGCCGUGGAGGCCUUCGAAAAGAGCACUGGCCGGCGCCCGCGUGUCCUCAUCGCCAAGAUGGGCCAAGACGGGCACGACCGCGGCGCUAAGGUGGUGGCCACGGGCCUGGCAGACCUGGGAUUCGACAUCGACAUCGGCCCGCUCUUCCAAACCCCAGCAGAGGUGGCACGGCACGCCAUGGAGGCCGAUGUGCACGUGGUGGGGGUGAGCUCGCAGGCUGCUGGACACAAGACGCUGGUGCCUCAGCUGCUGGAUGAGCUCAAGGCGCAGGGGAUGGAGAGGGUGUUGGUGAUUGCGGGGGGGGUUAUUCCCCCGGAUGAUUAUCAGUUUUUGUUUGACAAGGGCGUGGGGGCGAUCUUUGGCCCGGGGACUCGCAUUCCCAAGUGUGCGCUGGAGAUUCUGGAGAAGAUUAAGCCGGAGGCUUAG